GGCUUCCGAGGCGGUGCUCUCCGGAGGUCUGCUCCCUUCCUCCGCUGGUCGCUCUUCGGCGUUGGAGGCAGCAGACACCGGAUCCCCCAGAGCAGCAUCCACCAUCUCCAGGUGUUUGCACCUGAGCAGUUCCAGCUCAAGCACACCGGCCAGCGUCGCUUUGAGUCGCUCCCCGAUGCGGACACGCUCGGUGCCCGACCAGAGCGAGUUCACGCAGCUGCGGCGGCCGGCCAUCCUCGCAGGGGUGCACGGGAAGGCGAAACCGGGGCGCACCGCUGACCACCGCUCAGUCUCCGUGCAAUGGAUAAGAAGAAUGAGUGGGCACUACGGUGAAGCUCCAGGUAGAGCAACACGGGUCAGGACGAGCGAUAGCAACAUAGCAGUCCCUAAAAUGACCGCGAUAAAGAAAAUAUAAUGACCAUCUCUAACGUGCCAUGCAGCCCACAGCGUCAGGCAGUCCUGCUGACUGGCACAAAACCGGAAUGAAUGAUUCCACCGGUAUACGGAGGGAACAUCAACGAGACCUGUUCUCAUUUCCUGUUGACACGAUCCUUUUGUUUUUAAAUGUCACUUAAACCCUCCGGGUGGAGUGGAGUCACCAUGGUGCUCCAGUACGCUGCAUCCCAAUGAGACAAUGCAACAGACGGAGGGAGAUAACGUUACAUGUGGGAGCAGCGGGGAGGAGGAGCCGCUGCACCGGAGCUGCCCACCCAUUGGCCGGGGAAGUUUUUCGAAUGGACGCACGGAAAAAUCCCCCCGAGUGUCCAACUCAACUGUACAGGAUGCCAGAGGGGACAAAUACUCACAUUCCCACAGUGUUCCCAUAUGGGUUAAAAAGUGACCUCAGCAUGCUAUGGAGCAUCAAGCGUUUCUCUCUUAGACACAUAAGUAAUUAUACAAUUAACAAUGGUUUUAGGACGGUCAUCUGUGACAAUGCUGAGGCUUAAAGUAGGACCCAAUUAACUUGAACAUAUGACCUACAAGAUGUAAUGAUUUAAUCCAAUUUAUAUUGAAACUCGUGACAUUUAUUUAAUCUCAUAUGCUCGUUUCUAGGUCGUAUUGUUUGCCCUUUCAUUUUAAUCAUUAUUUAUUUCAUUUCCAUUUUUUUUGUAAAAUAGGCCUUUUUGCAACACAAAUCUAAUAUUAUCAAUUAAAAAUAAGUAUAUGUAAUGUUAAUGUUAAAUGUUAAAGUAUGUUAAUUGUGGUCAAAUUGUGUACAGUCAGAAAUGAAGCUAUGUUAAAACAAAUUAGUACAAUCUAAUAGACCCACCAUCAGUGACACCGACACACAGGCAGUAAGUAGUUCUUCUCCCUUUCUGUUAUUGUGGUGGAUGCAAACUUUAUUAAGCCAACUAUAUAUCUUUUUUUCUGUAUGUUUGACGGGUGCAGUGUACUUUGCUCAGUGCCACAUUCAACCAGCAGAGGGUAAUCUUCAACCACAACACAGCAUUACAUUAUGUUUCCACAGGUUGGUGGUUCAGAAUGUUUUUAGUUCAACUUUAAGUACAUCCAGUCUCUGGUAUGUAUAAAUCAAAGUAUUAGAAACCAUCAGUAUAAUGCAGGUAUAAUUAAACAGCAGCAGAAACUGCAGCUUCCAAAAUAAACACGAAGUUGAAUCAACAUCUCUCUAUAACAGUUUCAGCAAAAACUAAAGAUUAUAUAUUUCAUGAAGUAAAAAUUAAAAUUAACUAUUUUAAACUGUGGAUAUAUUUUUAUUGGCAACUGUUUAAAAUAGUGUUUCAUAUUAGUUUUAGAAAGAGAAACCAGGAAGCACAGUGAGACACCAACUCUAAAAGUCUCACUCUAUUUAUAACUACAUUCAAUCUAUAUAUAAUAAAUACUAUUAAAACAGCGGUUAUAUUUUUUAUCUCAAACUUUAAACCAAUUUUAGCUCAGUAGACUCAAUGUCUCAAUGUCCAUAAGGUAUCUAAAGCCUUGGAUCAUGAUAUUUAUCAGCAGAAAGUGAUUGACCACUGAAGAUGGAAUAAGUAUUCUGGUAUUACUUAAGAAAACACAGUGUAAAAAUAAUCUGUAUCAAGUUAAAGGGAGGAUUUAAACCUUAACUUUAUUAAAAGUAUAACAGUAUUAACAUAAAGUUUCAAUUAUGUUUGAUCUUAAUCUGUCAUAUCACAUCAGAUUGGACAUUCAGAAUUUUGUGUUGAUUAUAUUUUCUUAUUAAUCUGAACCUGCAAAGAUACAAAUGUUAAUAAAUAAAUGCUGGAGAGUAAAAGCAAAAUAUUGUUUUCCUGCAAAUAUUAGUAAAGGUUAAAGUCAAAAGUAGCAGAAAAUUGCACUUAAGUAAAAUACUUGAAUUGAUUUAUUUAGUUAAGGCCCCCUUACUGUCAGACCCAAAGUAUUAUAGGUGCUCUGGAAAAAUGCAUGAAAAUAAAUGAUAGUAUAAUAAGAGAAAUUAUUUAAUGGUAUAUCAACUUAGAACACAAAAACAAGAAAAUGCAUACCAGAAAAACUUAAAUAUAUUCUCAUCUAAUUGUUAGGACGCGCUUGUAAGCGAUUUAAAACCUCCAAAUCCUCACCAUUACUUCUGUCAGUGUUACUAUUGAUCAUUGGUCUCAGACUGCUGAAACAAUAGUAAAACAAAUGUGAUGUGGCCCGGCAUGGCUAUCAGACAGUGAGGUCAGAGUAGAAUUGAGAGCAAUCAGAUCUCUUGAUGAAAGUGGCACCGGGUUCCUCUGGACUCUGUGUUCGUCUGAAUAAUUAAUGUCAUGUGCUGUUUAUGCUCUUCACUUGCCCUCAUUACACUGCUGCCUUCAUGUUUGUACCCCUCUGUGUGAUUAUGGACCCAAUAUCACCAGUACAUGUGAGAAUGCCCGUAGCUUUGUGAGCAGCUCAUUGGGGUUUGCUAGCUUCCACCCGAGGGGACAUCACCGUCAGCCUGGGAAAGACCUUUGCGCUGCCUCCACCUUCACCGCUGGUCUCUGCAAACCUCCCUACGCAACUAAGAAAAAAUGGCACCUUUUGAGAAAUCCAUGGAAUUGAUGCCCUUCAAGCAAAGGAAAUGCCUGGAAACAAGAAAAGAUGAAGUAUGCAGCAUUCGGUCCAAAUUCCCCAACAAAUUACCUGUUAUUGUUGAGCGUUACGUCCGUGAAAAGAAUCUCCCCCUGAUGGACAAAACAAAGUUCCUGGUUCCUUUCGAGCUCACCUUGGGUCAGUUCCUCUGCCUGCUCAGGAAUAAGAUUUCCCUGGAAUCCACACAGGCUCUGUUCCUCCUGGUGGCAGAGAAGAGCAUGUCCUGCAUGUCCUCCAGCAUGGGGGAGGUUUAUACCCACUACUGUGACACCGACGGCUUCCUCUACAUCACCUAUGCCUCGCAGGACAUGUUUGGAGCACCUCAACCUGCCACCAGCUCGCCUUGCUGAGCCUGAAGCACAUAAAUAAACUGAGUUGAUGCUGGUGACACCACAUAGCAGUACUGGGUGAUAAAAAGAGCCAAGGCCAGACUGUUUCCAGUAUUUUGGCCCUAAACUGCAUAUCAGCCUACCUCAUGAAACUGGACUUUUAAACCCAGAAAUCACUUCUUUUUUUUAAAACCUGCCACAACAGCUAACUACAACUGCAUUCUCACACUGAUGUUUAAAACAUUGAUUGUUUGAUUGUCAAGUCACUACAGUUGUGAUCAUCUCUGUUAAAGAAAUGUGAUGUUUUGUGUCAGUUUUAAACCCACAUUGGUCAACAUCCCCAUCCUCAGUUACCUCCAGACAUGACAUUGCAAACUAGUUGUCACAUAGCUGUAAUGCCAGUUCAGAGUAAAACCACCACCUUCUCUACUCUACACUAAUGGGUUCAAUGUCAUGCUGGUAAUCAAACUCCUUUUUAAGCACUUAUGUCCUCCUUCCUCCUCCUCUUUCUCUGACUGUCUCUUCGUUUUCCUACUUCCCUUAAAACUGUGAAACUGUGAGGCACUCAAUGAAAACACGGAUGAAAACCGAAUGCUGCUCUGAUUCGCUCUGUAUCCAGCUGUCUGUAUGACAAAAAAUAAAUCCAUGACCUUUUAA